AUGGCAUUCAACGGUACCUGGAAAUCUGAUAGAAAUGAGAACUAUGAUAAGUUUAUGGAACAGAUGGGGGUAAAUGUUGUGAAAAGAAAGCUUGCAAACCAUGAUAACCUGAAGCUGAUAAUUCUGCAAAAUGGGAAUAAGUUCACUGUCAAAGAGUCCAGUACCUUCCGAACAAAAGAUAUUGAGUUCACACUGGGGGUAGUAUUCGACUACUCCCUGGCAGAUGGAACAGAAUUGACUGGUUCAUGGACCUGUGAGGGGGACAAGCUUGUUGGAAAGUUCACCAGAAAGGACAAUAGCAAGGAACUCCUGACGACAAGGGAAAUUGUUGGUGGUGAACUUGUUCAGGUUUACUCGUACGAAGGAAUUGAUGCCAAGAGAAUCUUCAAAAAGGAAUAG